CACGCUUUGUUCGUGGUGGUCACGUAAUUUUGGACGUUGCUUCGAUACGUCUUGCCGCGAUAUUUCAGCUUUGAAAGGUCGACGCAACUGUGCGGAGUAACAUCGUUUGUGUAUUUUCAGACUUUACGCCCUCGGUGUCGGUUAUCUGAGCAGCUCGGCCCGGUUGUAGUUAACCCGGAGAGGAACCGCAAGGCCCGGGUCGCAGUUUAUCCGCCUCCAGCUGUCGAGUGUUCGUUUCCAGAGACGUUAUCCCGGGUUAAAUUAGCAAGCUUUUGUGGCACGACACAGGUCAAACGGCUUCUUGUUGACAGCGGAGCCAACGGAAGCGGUUUCUUUUCGUCUCGCGCCGCGUCCUUCAGCGAGACUGCUGAGACGUCAACGGUUGCCCACGCGAUGGUUUUGUUAAAAAACCUCCGUCCUCCCACCGAGGGAGUGAGGCACGAGCAAGCCGAGACCACGGCGGUGAUGAACGGCCAGAAGAUGGGCUGCGGCACGCUCUACGUCGCCGAAACGCGUCUUUUGUGGUUUGACGGCUCGGGGAUGGGCUUCUCUCUGGAGUAUCCCUCCAUCGGCCUGCACGCCAUCUCCAGAGACGUCAGCGCCUACCCACAGGAGCACCUGUACGUCAUGGUCAAUGGCAAACUCACAGAGCACGGCCACGCUGACAUCCCGUCCUUCUACACCUGCGACGAGGGUCUGUCGGCGCUGACGCAGGAGGGCCAGGCCACGCUGGAGAGGCUGGAGGGGAUGUUGGCCCAGUCCGUGGCCCAGCAGUACCACAUGGCCGGGGUCCGCACCGAAGAACCUAACGCCGAACUGGAAGACGGGAUGGAGGUGGAUGCCGCAGCGAUGGAGGCCGGCCAGUUCGAGGACGCAGACGUUGAGCACUGAGGGAAGUCAUCUCAGCAGCCAGUGUUGCAUCAUGGGACUUGGAGGAGAGGACAGCAGCACUUACAUCAGCUCUUGCUUGUAAUCGUCUCACUAGUCUUUUGAAGCUUCUUACAUUUCCUCUUGUGUUGAAUCAGAGCUCACAUGUUGUAUUGUGUCUUUGGUUUUCUGCUCACCUUCAUCUUUACUAAUGUCUUCAAGUCAUAUACAUAAAUAGUAAAGUACGCUGUAUACAACCAGGACCGCUAAUGUAGACUAAUGAGAUGCAGCCACGAAGACCCAGAUCCUGUUGUCUGUAAAGGAGAGGAAAGAAAGAAAGAAAGCUGAGUUUGUUUUGUACCUAACAACCAAUUUAAUAUCUGAUUCUCUGCAAAGGAGAGUUACUGUCUUUGUAUGAAAUUGUCAAUAAAUGCAUAAUUUUUGUAAG